UCUGCCUGCGCCGGUCGUCAACAGGUUCGCGUACGUACAGACUCGGACACGGACUCUGACGGACGGAUGGAGCGUGACACGGUGCUGACGGCGCUGGAGGCGCUGCCCGAGGAUCAGGAUGCGCCGCUGCCCGAUCAGCUGGAGGAGUACCUGCGCGCCGUGGCUCGCACGGGCGACUCGCUGCUGCCGUGGACCAGCAUCAAGCCGCUCUUCCAGCGCAAACUGGCACUCGUGCUGGACGACUUCAUUCUCAACCCCGAUUCCCACUCGCCGGACGCGUUCGACGCCACUGGAAUGCGCACGCGACUGCUGCAGCGACUCGACUCUUUCGACACGUGUCCGUUCACCCUGCAGCGCCUGUCCGAGCUGCUGACGACGCCGAGGGAGCAGUACAACCGCAUCGACAAGUUCAUGCGAGCCGUCGAGAAGAACGUUCUGGUUGUCAGCGGCAACGAUCCUCCGCAGGUCACGGCCAACGGUCUGUCCGAGGACAACGGCCUCGAGGCCCCCGAGCCCAAGAAGCCGCGCAUUGAGGAAGUCGAGGAGAAGCUGGACACGGAGACUGCCGUCAAGGAGCAAAAUGGCGACCACGUCGAAGACAAGAAAGACGAGGAAGAACCUGCCAAAGAACCUGAAGAAGAUGGUGAGAUGAAAGAGGAACCCUCCAAGCUGGAGGUUGAACCUGUAGAACCACAGGUUGAAACCGAGACUGCCGAACCUCCGAAGGAAGCUGCGGAAGAGCCGGAAAUUGCAAAGGAGUCUGAUAAAACGCCUCCAGCUGAACCUGUGGAGGAAGCUGAGAAGCAAGAAGAGCCUGUGGCUGUGUCUGAAGACCAAGAGAUGCCUUUGGUGGAAAAAGAGGCGCCGUUGGCCUCGCCCGAGAAGGAUUUGAGUGACGAAAAGGUGUCGAAAGCACUCGAAACUGAGGACGUGCCAAUGCCAAUGGAGGAGCAGAGCUGAGUUGCAUUUACUCGCGUGGACAAUUCUCUGACACUUAAUUUAUUUUCUGAUGCCGCUCUCAACUGAGCCUCUAUAAACUCUCACAAACCGUCGAAUUUAGCAGAAGAAUGGCGUAACACGUUUUGUGAUGAACAACGGUGGUGGGCAAUGCAACCCCGUAAUAUUAGUUUCUUAGUGAUUAUGCGCUACGCUGCGAAAUAUUUAUUUUUAUCUCACCUGUAUUCUAAUAAAGAGACAGUUGCUCACA